UCGGACAUUGUUGUCCGCUUUGGCGGUGGUCGUUAUGAGUUCCUCUCUGAGAAGGCCAUCCUCAGCGCAAAGUCUGGCUACUUCAAGCGCGCAUUCUCAAGCAAAUUCCCUGUCGCAACCUCGGAUGUGAUCGACCUGGGCGAUGAAGACAACACCAAGCAUAUCUACGCCAUGCUCUCCUUCAUCCAUGGAAACACCUACCGCAAGAUCCAUCAGCGCAACACUUUGGGCCGCAACCUGGACUUUCACAUUGACCUCUACCUCAUUGGCGAACAGUUCGACAUCCGCUCUCUCCGUUUCGCCGCAGCUGAUGCAUUCUUCCAUGAGGCAAUCUUUCUUUCCGACACGCACUACUUCCCUAUGGCAGUUCAGAGGAUUCUUGGAGCUGAUGCUCCCGUCUUUGCUGAUCAGUUCCUCGUUGAAGUCACUACCAAGGUCUGCAUCGAGCAGAUUGAGAGACUGGUCAAGAACAAACACUUUACCGACAUG